AUGGCUGGCGGCGGGCAUGCGGCGGUGUCGUUCCUGACGCGGAUGGCGAAGGUGGCUGUGGGGUUGGGCGUGGCGGCGUCCGCGGCCUCCACGUCCUUCUACACGGUGGACGGCGGGGAGCGCGCCGUCAUCUUCGAUCGCGUCCGCGGCGUGCUCCCGCAGACGACGUCAGAGGGCACUCAUUUCCUGGUCCCCAUCCUCCAGAAGCCCUUCAUCUUCGACAUCCGCACUCGCCCUCACAGCUUCUCCUCCACCUCCGGCACCAAGGACCUCCAGAUGGUCAACCUCACGCUCCGCGUCCUGUCGCGCCCCGACGUCGAACACCUCCCGGACAUCUUCAACUCCCUCGGCCUCGAGUACGACGAGAAGGUCCUCCCAUCCAUCGGCAACGAGGUGCUCAAGGCCGUCGUCGCGCAGUUCAACGCCGACCAGCUCCUCACCGAGCGUCCCCACGUCUCCGCGCUCGUCCGCGAGUCGCUCACCCAGCGCGCCCGCGAGUUCAACAUCGUCCUCGACGACGUCGCCAUCACCCACCUAGCCUACGGGCCGGAGUUCUCGCAGGCCGUCGAGAAGAAGCAGGUCGCGCAGCAGGAGGCCGAGCGCUCCAGGUUCCUCGUCGCACGCGCCGAGCAGGAGAGGCGCGCCGCCAUCGUCCGCGCCGAGGGGGAGAGCGAGGCCGCGCGCCUUAUCUCCGAGGCCACGACCACUGCGGGCAACGGCCUGAUCGAGCUCAGGAGGAUCGAGGCGGCUAAGGAGAUCGCCGGCGUCCUGGCGCGCACGCCCAACGUCUCCUACAUCCCCUCCGGCGACAAUGGCCAGAUGCUGCUCGGGCUUAACGCCGCCCGGUGA